AUGGCACCAGUCGAUGUUCUUCCAGCUUUUUUCACACCUGAAACACCUGCUGCUUGUUUACAUCGUGUAAUUCUUAUUUAUCGAACACAUAUCAAUCUUAGUGGAACAACCUUUCCAGAACAUGGUUACAUCAUGAAAUUAUUUAAUGAAUCGUGCUACUCUCUUCGACCCCUAUCAUUAACAAUUAAUCACGAGCAAAUACCUUCCGUAGCAAUUUGGUAUUUAAAAUCCCAGAUACCCAAUCAUAUGAAAUCAUUAUUUGAUGAUCGGAAGCAGUUGACACUAAUCGAAUGUACUGCACGUGAUCUUGAUUAUAUAAUAAAAUAUCUGAAGAAUCUCAAACAACUUGAGCAGCUGCAUAUCAUUGUUCGCAGGCUUGACAAAGAUAUGCGUAAGUAA